GACAUCUCUCCGCCCGCCACACCGUCGAAAUUACCAACCGGGACAAGUCAAACGAGCCUCCAAAUGCCUCUUUUUACCUCAAAAUUACUAACAAGCCCUUACUAUUUCCCAAAGACAGUAGUGUCAUUUUCGUCCAACCAAAAUAUAACCAAAACACGUAACCCCUUUUUUCCCUCUGUCCAUAACCCUUCCGAUUCACCUCCACCCCUCCGCCCUCUCUCUCUCUCUCUUCCUCUUUAUUUUUUUCUGAAAUUAUGGCGCCGUCACCGUUACCGUUAAAAGAAGCGCAGUCAACGAGGUCACGGCGCAAAGUGGCGCCAGCUGCUGCCGAUGGGGGCGACUCCGGAGACAAGUUGGAACAACUCCUCCUUUCAUCCGCUAUCUGUAACGGCGAGGACCUCGGCCCUUUCGUACGUAAAGCGUUUACUUCUAGUAGGCCUGAAACCCUCCUCCACCACCUCCGUCACUUCGCUCGUUCUAAAGAAUCCGAAAUCGAAGAAGUUUGCAAAGCUCACUACCAAGAUUUCAUCCUCGCCGUCGAUGAUCUUCGAUCUCUUCUCUCCGACGUCGAUUCUCUCAAAUCCUCUCUGUUCGAUUCCAACUCAAGACUCCAAUCAGUGGCCGGUCCUCUCCUUUCUUCCCUUGACUCCUUUGUCGAAGCUCAAAACGUCUCCAAGAACGUGGACUUCGCUUUGACAUCGGUGAUUUCGUGUAUUAAGCUAAUGGAGCUUUGCUUAAGAGCAAAUCAUCAUCUCUCAAACGGCAGUUUCUACAUGGCGUUGAAAUGCGUAGACUCGAUCGAAAACGUGUUCCAAGUUAAAACGCCAUCGUCUACUUUAAAAAGGAUGCUAGAGAGGAAGAUUCCAGAGAUUCGAUCUCAUAUCGAGAGAAAAAUCAGCAAAGAGUUCGGCGACUGGCUUGUGGAGAUUCGCGUGGUGAGUCGCAAUUUAGGGCAAUUAGCCAUCGGACAAGCCUCGGCUGCUAGGCAACGCGAAGAGGAUCUAAGAAUGAAGCAAAGGCAAGCCGAAGAACAGAGUCGACUUAGCUUGAGAGAUUGCGUUUACGCUUUAGAAGAAGAAGAUGAUGAAGGUGGACUCGGCGGAGACGAGAAUGACGGUUAUAGUAACGGUAAUAACGGCUUGUUAGGGUUUGAUUUGACUCCUCUUUAUAGAGCUUAUCAUAUACAUCAAACUUUAGGGCUCGAAGAUCGAUUCAAGCAGUACUAUUUUGAGAAUAGGAGGCUUCAAUUAACGUCAGAUUUUCAAGUAUCUUCCAUGACUCCAUUUCUUGAAUCUCAUCAAACAUUUUUCGCGCAAAUCGCUGGGUUUUUCAUUGUAGAAGAUCGAGUGUUGAGGACAGGAGGGGGUUUGAUUUCGAAAAUGGAAGUUGAGAAUUUGUGGGAGACUGCUGUUAGUAAAAUGUGCUCGGUUUUAGAGGAUCAGUUUUCUAGGAUGCAGACUGCUAAUCACUUGUUAUUGAUUAAGGAUUAUGUGAGUUUGUUAGGAGUUACUUUGCGUAGGUAUGGGUACCCUGUUGAUGCAUUGCUUGAUGUUUUGAGUAAGCAUAGGGAUAAGUACCACGAGUUGUUGUUGUCUGAUUGUCGGAAGCAGAUUGCGGAAGCACUUGCUGCUGAUAAAUUUGAGCAGAUGUUGAUGAAGAAGGAGUAUGAGUACUCGAUGAAUGUGCUGUCUUUCCAAAUACAAACAUCGGAUAUUAUUCCAGCAUUUCCUUAUGUUGCGCCAUUUUCAUCUACUGUGCCUGAUUGUUGCCGGAUUGUGAGAUCUUUUAUUGAGGAUUCUGUUAGUUUUAUGUCUUAUGGUGGGCAGUUGGAUUUCUAUGAUGUUGUUAAGAAGUAUUUAGACCGGCUUUUGAGUGAGGUUUUGGAUGGGGCUCUUUUGAAGCUUAUCAGUUCAUCUGUCCAUGGGGUUUCUCAGGCAAUGCAGGUUGCAGCAAAUAUGGCUGUUUUGGAGCGUGCUUGUGAUUUCUUCUUUCGUCAUGCGGCACAACUUUCAGGCAUUCCUUUGAGAAUGGCAGAAAGGGGUAGGAGGCAGUUUCCCCUUAACAAAGCCCGUGAUGCUGCAGAAGAGAUGCUGUCUGGGAUGCUCAAGACAAAGGUUGAUGGUUUCAUGACAUUGAUUGAGAAUGUGAACUGGAUGACCGACGAGCCUUCACAGGGUGGUAAUGAAUAUGUAAAUGAGGUCAUAAUAUAUUUGGAAACUCUGGUUUCUACCGCACAACAGAUACUGCCACCUCAAGUUCUUAAGAGAGUUUUACAAGAUGUUCUUUCUCACAUAUCAGAGAAGAUUGUUGGGGCUUUACUUGGGGAUUCAGUUAAAAGGUUCAAUGUAAAUGCUAUUAUUGGGAUUGAUGUAGAUAUUCGGUUGUUAGAGUCUUUUGCAGAUAACCUAGCUCCUCUAUUCUCUGAAGGGGAUGCGAAUCAGUUGAAAAAUGCACUUGCAGAGUCAAGGCAGUUGAUCAAUUUGCUUUUGAGUAAUCAUCCAGAGAAUUUUCUGAAUCCAGUAAUUAGAGAGAGGAGUUACAAUACUUUAGACCACAGGAAACUUGUGACAAUCUCAGAGAAGUUAAGGGAUCCUUCAGAUCGGCUAUUUGGGACCUUUGGGAGCAGGGCUGCCAGGCAGAAUCCAAAGAAGAAAUCUCUGGAUGCGUUGAUAAAAAGACUCAAGGAUGUGAGCUGAUUUGUCUAGGAGCUGUAUGUAUGUCUAUGUUCUUUUGCCUUUUACCUCUGUUUGAUUGCAAUUGCCAUUAUUUCUUAGUUGUUUGUUGCUAAUUUAUUUGCUUCAGAGAAGGCAGAGCAGUUUUUUUUUUCCUUCUGGUUGUAUUAAAUUAAUAGAUGUGAAUUAAAAAUUUUGUUUUGUAUGUAUCAUUUGCAUACAUACCAUUAGUUGUAUUAAAUUAUUUUUGGGCCA